UUCAGUGUGCUUCGUUCGGCUGUCAUCGUUGGUUGUUUUGUAAACUUUUUUUCUGUCUCCUCUCCGGUAAUCGAAUCCGGCUACUGUGUGUUGUGUUGUGUAAAAAAAAAAUCCCCAUAGGAAAAAGGAAAUAAACAAUUGUUUGCGGAUUUCUUUGUUUUAAAGAGUUCUUUGACACCGGCUACGUUUAAAAAGAAUAGAAAAGGAUAUCCCCAAAAAAAUGUUAUGAAAAAAAGUAGACGCAAUUUUACUAUAUCCAAAGUAGCAGUAAAUAAUUCACGUGUAGGGUUCAUUAGUCAGUCAGUCAUGUUGUUGUUGUUGUGAUUUUAAUAACUGUGAUUGUUGGUUUUCUUGUUUUUUUAUUUUGAUUUUUAAUGAAAACACAGGGUGCAAAAAUGAAAUUGCAAUAUUAAGUUUUUUUAAGGCAUAAAAUAAAUCAAAUCGAUUAUACAAUUUUUUAUUCUGUCCGUGUGGCCUGUCUUGUCUAUGCUGUGCGCUUAAAUAUUUACUUAGCAAAAAAAGUCUUGAGUGUAUUGGCAUGUGCUUUAUUGCAACUUGGGUGGAAUAAUAACAAAACAACGAAGACGGGUGGAGAUAUGAUGCAAAUGCAUGCAAAAAAUCAUAAUUAUGUAUCUAUUUAUUUAUUUUUAUUAUUAAACAAAGUGAUGAAAGAAUAAAAUGAAAACAAAACAAAUAAAAUCGUGGAUUUUUUUUUUGGUUUUAAAUAAAAAAGUAGAGUAUUUUUUGUUUGAGCGUAAGUUUGUCAAUUUAAUGACCCGUUAAGUUGAAAAGUGAUUCAUCAUUCGAAAGAAAAAAAAAAAUCAAACGAUAGUGCUCAGACUUAUUGGGAAAACAGGAUUUACAAAAACCCGGAAGUGGCAAGGUCGCACUUAAAAUUAAUCUAACAAAAAAAAAAGCAAUCUCGUGCUGAUUGCCUCAUUCGCUUUGACGGGCAUUGUUGUUUAGGCGUUGUGUGCAAACUUAAUGAUAUCCAAUGGAGUGAUCGUGCAGUAGAUUACAUCACUGGGACUUUCCUAGUACGGACUACGAACGGGGCUAGGGAACAUAAAUGGCUCUGCCAAUAAACUGCUGCUGACUGAUUUAUGUGCUGUGUUACAUAUUUGUGAUAUAUAUUAUUAUAUUUCCUUAAACAAAACCACAUUAUAGUAUAGAAUUAUAUUAAUUAUGAAAAUAUAUGCUGAUACUAAAAAAAAAUAUAUUCAACAAAAGUGCUAAUUAAAAAAAAAAAAUCUUAAAAAUUAACAAGUUACAAAUAAAACAACAAAAACAACAAGAUGACUAUCACAUACACUGCCGAAGUUGCGACAUGUAGAGGCUUCGGAUGCUUUCUUAAGCUGCUACUCAGGUGGCGAGGCAGCAUUUACAAAUUAGUUUGGCUUGACCUGCUAUUUUUCCUAGGAGCCUACUAUGGCUUAAAUCUAAUGUAUCGAUUAGCUUUGGAUGACCAACAAAAAAAAACUUUCGAAGAUGUUGUUAAAUAUUGUGCCACAUACAGUAAUCUCAUUCCAUUAUCGUUUGUGCUCGGUUUCUAUGUACAAAUUGUUAUGACUCGAUGGUGGAAUCAAUACACAAGUAUACCCUGGCCAGAUCCCAUAGCUGUUUUUGUCAGCUCCAAUAUGCAUGGUCAAGACGAACGUGGUCGUGUAAUGCGCCGAACAGUUAUGCGUUACGUAUGCCUUUGCCUUACCAUGGCAUUGAUAAAUAUUUCACCACGAGUUAAAAAACGCUUUCCCAAUCUUGAAAAUCUCGUCGAUGCUGGUCUUCUGGUCGAAAAUGAAAAGGCCAUUAUCGAGAGUUUAAACAUAAAAUUCCCAAGGCAUUCAAAACAUUGGCUACCAAUUGUAUGGGCAGCGAGUAUAGUAACGCGGGCCCGCAAAGAAGGUAGAAUACGUGAUGAUUUUGCUGUCAAGACAAUUCUAGACGAAUUGAAUAAGUUUCGUGGCCAAUGUGGUUUGCUGAUUUCAUACGACACAAUAAGUGUUCCUCUGGUGUACACCCAGGUGGUAACACUGGCAGUUUAUUCAUUCUUUUUGACCUCGGUAAUGGCUCAACAAUGGGUCGAAAACAAAGCCAUUACAAAUGGAGUUACCAUAAAUAUCGACUUGUAUUUCCCAAUCUUUACAACACUGCAGUUUUUCUUUUAUAUGGGUUGGCUGAAAGUGGCUGAAUCAUUGAUAAAUCCAUUUGGCGAAGAUGAUGACGAUUUCGAGGUAAACUGGAUGGUGGAUAGAAAUCUUCAAGUUUCUUACAUGAUUGUUGAUGAAAUGCAUCAUGAACAUCCAGAACUAAUUAAAGAUCAGUAUUGGGAUGAGAUUUUCCCCAACGAAUUACCAUAUUCCCAGGCAACUGAGAAGUUCCGAGAAGAACAUCCCGAACCAUCAACAGCUAAAAUUGAAGUUUCUAAAGCUGCAGCGAUGCCCACUAAUUUGUCAAGUGUGAAGAUCGAUGAAAUGGUUGGUAAAACAGGUCAAAUGCAAGCGGUUAAUUAUAAAUUCCCAGAAACGGAUACCGUCGAGGAGGUGGAUGAUGCAGCUAGUGGAAUUCACUUUACAGCUGGAAAUGGCAAAGCUCGACAAGGUUCAUCACCUAGUUUGGUUAGUCUUAGUGGAACUAUAUCUCGGGUGAAUACAGUAGCAUCGGCACUCAAACGCUUUUUGAAUCGUGACGAAACCCGUCCAGGAUCCUCAACACCAACAUCAGAGCAGGGAAACUAUCGUUUUCCUGGUUCUGUUAGUUCAACAAGUCUAGUACCACAAGGAGGAGUAGUUCCAAAAGUUCCACCAAGUGGAAGUAUGCGUAUUACUGAUCAAGUUAUCGAAGAAGUUGACGAACAAAUGACAAUAACAUCAAAUCGUGGUGCUGAGAGUGCAAGACCCAAUGUUAAGGAUAUAUUUGGUAGUGCCAGUCAAGUGCAAGAUCAUCGUUCGGAUCCAAUUGAUAUGCCAAAAUAUACACGUGUUCAGUCAACUGGUGAUCCAUCGUUGUUUCCUCCAGGUGGAGUGGAUGCUUUAUUGUCAUCUUCAGCACCGAGUGGUAGGAAUCAAGGAUUUGCUUCUCAAACUGUUCCAUGUUCGCCAAUGGGCGAUAGCACAAAGAGUUUAUUCCAUCAAAGUGAGAAGGAUAAUGGAAGCAGAGAAACAGUGCGUAUGGAUGGACCAAUCAUCUGUCGUUGGUUUGUUUCACCGGUUGAAGAAUAUGAAUCAAAAUCAAAUGCGGAUCCUUCUGAAGACGAUGAUUUUGAAAAAUUGCGAGUAGCACGUGAAAAAGAGCGUCUGGAACGGCAAAAGAUAAAACUUGCUAGAUCCAUUAGCACAGCUCCUGGUAUUACCCUAGACGGAGAGGUUUCCAUGGAACAAAUGGCUGCCUCACAAGCGGCCAUAAGCGGGCCAUCAGUUGAGCAGCCCACUGCAACAGAAGAAGAAGCUGCCGAGAGGGCAUCAACAGCUGGUGUGACUCCAUCACAAAAUUUAUAGCGAAACGAGCGACCUUUAGUUCUUUUUUAUUUUCCAAGCGAGUAGAAAAUACUCGCACCAAAGCACACAUUUUCGUCUUCUUAUUUCUUGUAAAUAUUUUCAAACUGGUUUGUUUGUAUAACCUGUAAUUGUAUCUUUAUUUUUCUUAUAUUACUAAUUUAUAAGAACAAAAAAAAAUCAAUAAAUUCGUUUUAUUGAUUUAUAUUCAUUAUUUAAGAAAGAAAAACAUUCGUAAUAAAUAUUUUUUUACAUAAUCGA